AUGAUUCGUCAAUUAUCUCGCCUAACAUCAAGUAUUUCAUUGCGCCGUUUCUCGGACAAACCGAAGCAAAGUCUAAAGGAAAAAGCAAUGGCCAACAAGACGCCAAAAGGAUCGCUUGAUAAAACAGACGUGCCGCAGUACGAAGAUCCUCAUCUGAAAAAGCAUCCAGGUGGCGUGAAUAAGAAGACCGGCGAAGUUGGUGGACCAGCAGGACCGGAGCCAACUCGAUAUGGAGAUUGGGAGCGAAAAGGACGUGUGACAGACUUUUGA